GGAGGUUGACGUUGACCGUAGAUCAGAAUGUCAUGUCGUCGAGUAUAAUAACCCGAGGUCGAAGCCACCAAGAAACCAGAGAGAAGCUCUUCACCAGCAUCACAUUCACUCUUCACCAACACACCUUUCGCUUUCACUUCCAACAAUACCCUCUUGUUCACUUCGACAAAUCGUAUAAAUACCUUCUUUAACAAAGCUUUCCAUCCUCAGCUCUCACAAUAACCAUCACAAUGCGUUUCUCAACCGUCGCCUCCGGCCUCGCCCUUCUCUCCGGCGCCGUUGCCCACCCCGGCCACGAUCUCACCGAGGAAAUUGCCGAGCGCCGCGCUUUCUUGAGCACCAUCAAGCGCUCCAACCUUGCCCACUGCGCCGAUAAGCUCGCCGCUCGCGGUGUCACCGCCCGCAACGUCGCUCGCCGCUCCGCUCAGCUUAACCAGGCCCGCCAGAAGCGCAACAUCAAGCGCGAUGCCGACACCGUUCUCGCCGAGAGCCACAACUCUACCGACCUCGGCUACACCCUGAACACCGACGCCGCUACUCUCUUCUCCGGCAACAACUCUUGCGUCUUGACCCCUGAGGUUACCCAAGGCCCUUACUACGUCUCUGGCGAGUAUGUCCGCCGCAACAUCAUCGAGGAGCAGGAGGGUGUAGACAUUGUCCUUGACUACCAGGUCAUCGACGUUGACACUUGCGAGCCCGUCCCUAACGUCUACCUCGAGAUGUGGCACUGCAACUCCACCGGUGUCUACUCCGGCAUCGUCGCCUCCGGCAACGGUGACUCCUCUGACGAGACCAACAUCGACAAGACCUGGCUCCGCGGUAUCCAGGAGACCGACUCCGACGGUGUCGCCCAGUUCGAGUCCAUCUUCCCCGGUCACUACACCUCCCGCGCUACCCACAUCCACUUGAUGGUCCACCAGAAUGCUACUCUCUACUCCAACAACACCCUCGGCAACGUUAUCACCGCCUCCCACGUCGGUCAGACCUUCUUCGACCAGGACCUCAUCUCUGCUGUCGAGGCCUUCGCUCCCUACAACACCAACACCCAGGAGCUCACCACCAACGCCGACGACUCCAUCCUGAGCGAGGAGGCUGCCACCGAUGGCGUCGACCCCGUCAUGGAGUACACCCUUCUCGGCGACAGCAUCACUGACGGUCUCUUCGCCUGGAUGGCCUUCGGUAUCAACACCACCCAGGCCCAGACCAUCACCCCCGCUGCUUCUCUCUACGCUGAGGGUGGUGUCGCCAACUCCAACUCUGGCGGCGGUGCCGGCGGUGCCGGUGGCUCCCCCCCUAACGGCACUGCUCCCGGCGGCGCUCCCGGUGCCUCUUCUUCUUCCGUCGCCACCACUUCCGCCGCCGCCUCUACUGAUGCCGCUUCCUCUUGCUAAGCGCAUCAUUACCCGCUUGGAACAUUUGAUCGAUCGAGUUGCGAACAUGCAUAAGUAAGCGUUGCGCUGCAGUUGCCCACCGAGCUUUUCUCGGGGCAUUGGUUGUCUUAGGAAUUGCAUAUAGAAAUGGCGUUGUUGUUUAGCUCCUGUAUAUCCCAAAACAUCCUUGUACAUUCAUACCAAUCAAACCAUUUCAUUGCUGGUAAACAUAUCCCUUUGUCUCUCGCCGUGAAGACGUGAUUCAUCUGAAUCUUUUCUGAGCUCUCUUACUCUCAGCCUAUGAAUAAACUUGCCCAUUAACCUU